UGAAGUGUAAGAGAGAUGAAAAAAACCCCAAAUUAGGUUGAUGUGUAUAAAUUGAGAAAACAAAUAGAGAAAGAAGAAAAGUGUUUAAGGAAGAAGAGGAAAUUCACAUAAUCAUGGGAAGAGGAAAGAUAGAAAUGAAGAGAAUAGAGAACAGGACUAAUAGACAAGUGACAUUUUCAAAGCGUAGACAAGGACUCAUGAAGAAAACAAAUGAACUUGCCAUUCUUUGUGAUGCUCAAAUUGCUCUCAUUGUUUUUUCUGGAACUGGCAAGCUCCAUACUUACCCACACAAUGCUAGCGAGGUGGAGCCAAUCAUACAAAGGUAUCUGACUAAUCAUGGAGUUCAAAUCCCAAUACAUGAUAAUCGUGAAGAAAUCUAUAUGGAGCUACAAGGACUAAGAGAAGCCAUUCACAACACAGAGCAAAGCAUUAGACACUACUUGGGUGAGGAAAUCGGCUCACUUCCCCUUGAGGAGUUGCACAAACAUGAACAACAAAUUGAAUCUUCUUUGAACAUUGUUAGAGCUCAAAAGAGCCAACUCAUGCAACAACAACUGGAAAAUCUUCGCCGAAAGGAACAAAUGCUUCAAGCUGAUAAUGGUAACAUGUAUCGUUGGUUGAUGGGAGAUGCACAGUUUCAUGAGCAGCAGCAGCAACAACAAAUAAUGGGGCAGAUGCCAAUGAUUGGGUAUGGAGGAGAUCAUCAGGAUAAGCCCAGCAGCAGCAGCACUGUUCUACAGUUAGCUACUUCUUCUUCUUCACCUCAUCACUUUUUUCCCUACCGUCUUCAACCCACUCAUCCUAAUCUUCAAGAUUAUGAGUGACUGAAAAGAAGCAAGACUGGAGGGAGCUCAGCUGAUGGUUUUCAUAAAUGUGGAAUCUACUGUCAAAAGUUUGCUAUAUAUAUAUAUGCCGCU